AUGAAGUCCCAUCGAGCUCACAAAUUCCUGCGGAAGGUUUUGGGAUUUUUCAAUUUGUCUCCUUCCAAGAAACGGGCAUCCAGAUCACGCCGCAAUGCCAAACUGUGGUGUGUUGCAACCACCGCCGCCCCUUUCUACAGCGUCGCAGCUGCACAAGACGUUGAUAGAGUCAGAAAAGAAGGCCAAGGCAAUGACAUUGCCCAGUACAGCCUCGGCACGACUCUUGAAAGGCCGAUCUCAAGCCGCGAACAGCUCGAGUCGCGCAUCGUGAAGCUCUGGAAAAAGGUCUGGCUGGGUUUGUAUCAAAUCAAUGACAACAAGGAAAGAUACCACAUUGAGCGCAUCGAGGCCCUUUACUUGGGAGCCGGAAUGAUCCGUACAUACCGCGUAGGCGAAAUGCGCGUCCUGCGGCGUCGAUUCAUGCGAGUUGAGACCAACAACGGUAUCGCCGCCAUGAAACUGUUCCCUGUCCUUUCUUUUCCAACCCUCCUAGCUAUGGUGCACAUUCUGGAAGCCUACGAAAGUGAGAUUCCGAACUUGGAGUUACUUUAUUCUAUUUUGCGGAAUGGCCAGCUUGGCCUGUACGAGACUGAGGAUGCUCAGGACCGCGCUACGGUUGUGCAGUCGGAUUAUGACGCGAUUGCGAAGCCCAUGGAGAAGAGAAUUCAUCAGUAUGAUAUUCGCAUGGAUGUGCUGAACAUGGAAAUUUGCGAUGAAGCGAUGGGUUUCCCUGGCCACCUGAAGGGACAGCAUGUCUACAUGAAAGUGUUCCCGAACUGA